AUGGCUGAGAUAAAUUGCACCCAGGUAAAGGAGUUUGUUCUCAUGGGCCUCACAGAUCGUCAGGAGCUGAAGAUGUCCCUCUUUCUGGUAUUUUUAUCCAUCUACCUCUUCACAGUUAUAGGCAACCUAGAUUUGAUCCUGGUCAUUAGAACUGAAGCAAGACUCAACAUGCCAAUGUACUUCUUCCUUAGCAACCUAGCUUUUGUGGAUUUCUGUUAUUCUUCUGUGAUUACACCCAAGAUGCUUGGGAACUUCUUAUACAGACAAAAUGUUAUAUCCUUCAAUGCAUGUGCUGCUCAGUAGUUAGGCUGUUUCCUAGCCUUCAUGACAGCUGAAUGUUUGCUACUAUCUUCUAUGGCCUAUGACAGAUAUGUGGCCAUUUGUAACCCUCUCCUCUACAUGGUCGUAAUGUCCCCAGGAGUCUGCAUUCAGCUUGUAGCUGCCCCCUAUAGCUAUAGCAUUCUGGUUGCAGUAUUUCAUGCCUUCCUCACUUUUCGCCUCUGCUAUUGCCACUCCAAUAUCAUCAAUCACUUCUAUUGUGAUGACAUGACUCUGCUCAGGCUAAAUUGCUCAGACACUCACUCCAAACAGCUAUGGAUCUUUGCCUGUGCUGGUAUAAUGUUCAUUUCUUCCCUUUCAAUUGUCUUUAUCUCCUACAUGUACAUUAUUUCUGCCAUCCUGCAGAUGCGCUCAGCUGAAGGAAGACGCAAGGCUUUCUCCACAUGUGGUUCCCACAUGCUGACUGUGACCAUAUUCUAUGGGACCCUGAUCUUUAUGCACUUACAGCCCAGCUCUAAUCAUUCCCUAGGCACAGACAAGAUGGCCUCAGUCUUCUACACAGUGAUCAUUCCUGUGUUGAACCCCUUAAUCUACAGCCUCAGGAACAAGGAAGUGAAAGAUGCUCUGAAGAAAUUUAUUACCAGCAGAAACGAGGUUUUUGUGCUUCUGAAAUUAAGAAAGUGA